AUGGCAGCAGUCGCCGGACUCCGAGUGCAGGUGCGAAACUUCAGCACUGGAACUGCCAUGCAAGUUGCUAAGUUGAUCCGGCCUCCAAUUCCUGUGUUUGGACUGGAAGGUCGCUAUGCAACUGCUCUUUAUUCUGCUGCUUCAAAACAACAGAAACUCGAACAAGUUGAGAAGGAACUCACCAGAGUAUCAGCUUUAGUAAAGGAGUCCAAAACGUUCGCUCUCAUCACCAAUCCUCAUGUGAAGCGUGCUCUCAAGCAGAAAACCUUAAAUGAUAUCUUGACGAAAGAAAAGCUCACUCCCAUCACUGUAAAUUUUGUCUGCUUACUUGCAGAAAACGGUCGCCUGAAGAGCGUUGGUGGCAUCAUUAAUUCCUUCAGUAAAAUUAUGAGUGCUCAUCGUGGUGAAGUGACUUGUGCGGUCACAACUGCAAAGCCUUUGGAUGAGCCCACACUAGCUGACUUAAAGACUGCAUUAAAUGCCUUCCUGGCUAAAGGUGAAGUUCUGCAACUAGAGACUAAGACUGAUCCUGCUAUCCUCGGUGGAAUGGUUAUCACCAUUGGUGAUAAAUUUAUUGACAUGUCUACCAAAGCCAAGAUUCAGAAACUGACCAAAAUUAUGAGGGCCCCAUAG